CGUACGGCGGUGGAGUGGAGGGAGGCCAUUCUCGUGAACGCGCAUCCCGAUCCUUACGUCACUGAAGCGCCCUGGCUCGGGAUCUACUGGUAGUGCUGGCAAUAGACGAGAAAAAUAUCAACUGCUCGGAAAAGAGGCAUUUUCUAUCGGUUGUAACGGUUACUCAACGGAUAACGGUUCUAUCUGACGCCGGAUACGGAUAAUUGACACAACUGGACUAACCGGAUUUAUGAGAAGAAGAUCAUUGCCUCAUCCCAGGACCCAGGGACUAAAUGGAUGUUAAAACCACCUUUCUCGCCAAGUUUACAACUCAUCAUAGUCCAAUCAUCAUAGUCCAAUCAUCCAGGAAAUGCAGGAUCUUUGAACAUGAACAAUCUAUUCCUCUCCUUCAGCUGAGACAGACUGCCAGUCAGUAACCACAUAGUGUAACACUCUCUGUAUCAGGACACUGUAGUCCACAUCUUUUGGAGGAUCACUUAGUCUCAGUAUCUCACCUUUAACCCCUCAACCCCCAGCCCUUGACCCUUAACCCCUGACCCCUAACCAUGUACGGCAGCUCCCGCUCCGUUGCCAAGAUGGAGGGCAACAACGGCAGCAGUCAGAGUCCCGGUCGCUCCCCCUGCCUGCCCCGCUCCCCGCGCCUCGGCCACCGUCGCACCAACAGUACAGGAGGCCCCGGGGGAAAGACCCUCUCCAUGGAGAACAUCCAGUCUCUGAACGCAGCCUAUGCCACCUCCGGACCUAUGUACCUCAGUGACAACGAGGUCAUCUCUCAACAGACCCAGGCCUAUCCCAACCCCAACCACGACCCUAGCCUGCCCAAGAGCACCAUGACCCUGGGUCGCUCCGGAGCAAAGCUCCCUUACGGCGUCCGGACAACCGCCAUGGGCUCCAACCCCAACAUCAGCCAGGGAGGUGGAGGCUCGUCCAUGCCCAGUGACAGCAUCGUGUUUGGGUGUGACCACGUGUCCUCGUCCCAGUCCAGCCUCCAGCAGGCGUCCACAGUGCCUCACUCCUUACGCCAAACCAGAGACAACACCAUCAUGGACCUCCAGACCCAGCUGAAGGAGGUGCUGAGGGAGAACGAGCUCCUCCGGGGGGAGGUGGAUGUGAAGGAGAGCAAGCUGAGCUCUUCCAUGAACUCCAUCAAGACCUUCUGGAGCCCCGAGCUGAAGAAGGAGAGAGCCCUGAGGAAGGACGAGGUGUCCAAGAUCUCUGUCUGGAAGGAGCAGUACAGAGUGGUACAGGACGAGACUCAGCACCUCCAGAUGACGGUGCAGGCCCUGCAGGAUGAGCUGAGGACUCAGAGAGAUCUGAAUCAGUUGUUCCAGCAGGACUGUAGUGGAGGGAGACCUGGAGAACCUCUGUCAUUCGAACCCACUGAGGAGAACUUCCACAGGCUCCAAGCUGAACACCAGAGACAGGCCAAAGAGUUGUUCCUCCUGAGGAAGACGCUGGAGGAGAUGGAGUUGAGGAUCGACAGUCAGAAACAGACCCUGGGGGCCAGAGACCAGUCUAUCAAGAAACUACUGGAGAUGCUGCAGAGCAAAGGUCUGUCAGCCAAGGCCUCAGAGGAAGACCAUGAGAGGACCAGGAGACUGGCUGAGGCUGAGAUGCACAUCCACCACCUAGACAGUCUACUGGAACAGAAAGACAAGGAGACCAAUGCCCUACGAGAGGAGCUGCACCGACGGAGCUAUGAAGGAGCCCCUGAAUCAGCCAAGACCAAGGCCCUGCAGACCGUCAUCGAGAUGAAGGACUCUAAGGUCCAGUCUCUGGAGCGAGGUCUGAGGGACCUGGAGGAAGAGAUUGAGAUGUUAAAGUCUAAUGGGGCUCUGAGCACUGAGGAGAGAGAGGAGGAGAUGAAACAAAUGGAGGUGUACAGAUCCCACUCCAAGUUCAUGAAGAACAAGGUAGAGCAGCUGAAGGAGGAGCUGUCUCAGAGAGAGGUCCAGGGGGAGGAGCUUAAGCAGAAGGCUGCCGACCUGCAGCAGGAAGUGUCUGCCAUUGACCAGGUAAAGCAGGACCUCAGCAGGAAGGAGACAGAGCUGAUGGGGAUGAGGACCAAGCUGGAGACUCUCACCAACCAGUUCUCAGACAGCAAACAGCACAUCGAGGUCCUCAAGGAGUCACUGACUGCUAAGGAACAGCGCUCUACUAUCAUUCAGACAGAGGUGGACGCUCUUCGUCUGCGUCUGGAAGAGAAAGAUUCCCAGCUGAAUAAGAAGUCGAACCAGAUCCAGGAGACGUCUGAGGAGAAGGGGACGCUCAGCAGAGAGGUACACGACCUCAAGGACAUGCUGGAGGUCAAGGAGCGCAAGGUCAACGUCCUGCAGAAGAAGAUUGAGAAUCUACAGGAGCAGCUGAGAGACAAGGAGAAACAGAUGAGUAGUCUGAAGGACAGAGUCAGGUCUCUCCAGACAGACACCUCCAACACUGACACAGCUCUCACCACCCUGGAGGAAGCACUGGCUGAGAAGGAGCGUAUCAUUGAGCGUCUGAAGGAGCAGAGAGACAGAGACGACAGAGAGAAGACAGAAGACAUCGAGUCCAACAAGAAAGAACUGAAGGAGCUCAGAGAGAAACUCAGUCUACUGCAGGGAGACCUGUCUGACCGAGAGGUGAGCUACAAUGACCAGACAGGCACCACACUCAGUCUACUGCAGGGAGACCUGUCUGACCGAGAGGUGAGCUACAAUGACCAGACAGGCACCACACUCAGUCUACUGCAGGGAGACCUGUCUGACCGAGAGGUGAGCUACAAUGACCAGACAGGCACCACACUCAGUCUACUGCAGGGAGACCUGUCUGACCGAGAGGUGAGCUACAAUGACCAGACAGGCACCACACUCAGUCUACUGCAGGGAGACCUGUCUGACCGAGAGGUGAGCUACAAUGACCAGACAGGCACCACACUCAGUCUACUGCAGGGAGACCUGUCUGACCGAGAGGUGAGCUACAAUGACCAGACAGGCACCACACUCAGUCUACUGCAGGGAGACCUGUCUGACCGAGAGACCAACCUGUUAGACCUUAAGGAACAUGCUUCGUCCCUGGCUUCCUCCGGUCUGAAGAAGGACUCUAAACUGAAGAGUCUGGAGAUGUCUCUGGAACAGAGGAAAGACGAGUUCAUCAAGAUGGAGAACCAGCUCAAGAAGGCCCAGAAUGCCAUGCUGGAGGCCCAGGCCAACACGGAGCUGUCACAACGCAUUGUUACUCUGGAACAGGAAGUAACUCGGCACAGAGAGGAUUCUGGGAAGGCCCAGGUGGAGGUGGACCGAUUGCUGGAGAUCCUCGGAGAGAUGGAGAAUGAGAAGAACGACAAGGACAAGAAAAUCAAUGAACUGGAGAAUUUUGCUUCAAGACAGGUGAAGGACCAGACUAAGACGGUGGCCCACCUGAAACAUAAGGAGCAGGUGGAGAAGAGUAAGAACGCCCAGCUGGUGCAGGAGGUCAGGAAGAGAGAGGACAACCUCAAUGAGAGCUCUCAACACGUCAAGGUGAGAGAGGUGUUUCUCUUGUUCCACUCUCCACUCUAUGUCUGAUGAUGUGUGAAGGCUGUGUACACUCUGUCCCCAUAGGACAACCCUUUUUGGUUCUAGGUAGAACCAUUUGUGUGUGUGUGUGUGUCCACAGAGGGUCCUACGUGGAACACAAAAGGGUUCUACGUGGAACCAGAUAGUCAUUUGUUUCUAAGAGUGUAGAGGCCUCAUUGUAGAACAAACAUUUCUUUCUCCUCCCCCUCUCUCUCAUUUUCUCCAUCAUUAUUUUUCUGUUUCUCGUUCUCUCACUCUCUCUGUCCUCUCCGUCCUCUC